AGUGUCCCCCGGCUCAGUAAAUCCUAAUUGUCUAACACUCUGGAAGGAAAUUGGCGUGAAAAGUAAUGGAAAGCCCUUGUCAACGAUUCAAGUGCCAAAAAGUCUGGAAAAUGAAAAUUCACGGACUCCUAUCGAAAAAACCAACGGAUCAAUCACAGAGUCAGAACGUCAGAGUCUCAUGAGUCUCCCGGAGGAUUCAGAUACAGAUGCAACCCAGGAUCCCCAAAGAACCGUGGAGAACCCCGAAACCUCUGGAAUGUACUCCAUCCCCCAGAAUAAACGUCGGAGAGUCAGGAAAAGAAGGAGUAAACCUGAUCCAGAGCCCCAACAGCCUCCACCGAUUGUUACUCCAUCUCCAAGGUCCAAUCCAGUCUUCAACUCCCCUUUCAGCCCAAAAAUAAAACCUAAACAUUUCAAAUUUAAUUGGGAAGACAAUGAAGAGGUCAAUAACACAACUGAGAGAAAUGGAGAAACUGGAGUUCCAGAGUUGAAUACUUUAUUGAGUCUUAAGAAUUGUCAGUUUCCUGUGACUUUUGUGGGUCAGAAGACGAAAUGUGAGGGUCCAGUCCAACAAGGACACGAGGGCAGUCAUCAGAGUCCAGCCAGAACCGGAAAUGAAAUUUUAGAUAGCAAUUCAUCGAAAAAAAUGGAUUUUUCAAAUGUCAAUCCUCUGGAUUAUCCCAUUCACAACCAGGAUAUAAUGGAGGGAGAUGUUGUGGCUUUCAGAGUUCUCAAGAUUGGCUCCGAUUAUUCUCCUACGAUUUCUGGGUACAUCGUGGCAGAAAAUGUCUCCAGGAAUUCCGAACUGGGAACUUAUUCCCUGAAAAUAAUCAGUGGUGAAGAUCAAUUGAAAGAUCCCGAGGGAAAAUUCUCCCUUUUGACAGAAGAAGAGCUGGAAAAUUCUGAAUCAACUCCGAAUAAAAAUGAAAUUCACACAACUACAAAAGAAGAAUUACUCGAAUUGCGUUUGAUUCAUCGCCAAAACACCCAAUAAAGUCUAAAAAAAUUAAUCCGUACUAAAAAAUUUUCAGUAAUAAAAUAAAUAUUUUAUCUGAUACAGAAUUACUUAAUUCUCCGGACAUAAAUCUGAGAAAAUCCCGAAUCUCAACGAAAUGAUAAACAUAGUAUUUAUUUCAGAAUAUUUUUUUAUUAUAAACAAUGACAAUAAAUUUUUGAAAAAUCAAAAGUAAAUGGAGAUAAAGUGAUGAAAAAAUCAUAAUUUUUUUUUAUACUAGGCAGACGCUUUUGAUUCUAGUCCAAAAAUAAUUCUUUCAAUGCUAAGAUCAAGGAAAUGUGGAGUAAAAUUGAAACUUUAUUGCCAGUAAGAUUCCAUAAAAAAUAUAUGAAAGGAGCAAAGUUAUGAGUCAAUCGUGAGAGUACGAUUGUUUCACUCGAUUUUCCCUCAAUUUUUCAUUAAUUUAUUUUCUAAUAAAUAACGGACAAACAGUUAUCAUUUGGGAGGUAAUUUAAUAUUCUUUCGAAUGAGUAUAAAAUAUAAACGCCUCCUAGAUUAUGCUAGAAUAACAUAUCCCUAAUACUAAAAAAAGUCUCAGUUUAUACAAACACGGCUGAUUUAUAAAUAGACUACAAGAAUAAAGAUUCAAUAGUUUAUUAUUUGAAUUUGAAUAGUAAAUAUUUGAUGUAUUCCAUCUUCAUGUGAUAUCGACGUGUUCUAAGCUAGAAAUGCGUUUUUUUUAAAUUUGUACAUGAGCCCAGAAGAUAAGACUUCACCUUGACUUGUAAUUGACCUGAUUGAAAACAAAAGUUUUAUUAUAUCAUUACCCAAAUAAUAAUGAUACAGGGUAUAUAAGGAGACCACCGUGGACUCUUCAUACCAAUAAGCCAUGAAAUUUCUUCACUUCAUUGUUGUUCUAUUUGUCGUGCUUUGCGUCGCUGGUUUAGGCCAGGGCGGUGGCAACAAGAGACCGGCUGCAUCUUGUGCCGACAGGUGCAGAGGAUACGGUUAUAGCGUUCACAAAGAUAGGAUCGGCUCCUGUUCGUGCAUAAAUGACGUCACCGGCCAUGUGAUACAUAUCUGAGAGAUUUGGUCCGUGAAUUGGUGAACAGAGAAUUGUAAUGUAUCUGAUUAUAAUGAAAAAUAAA